CCCUCGUCUCGACCACACAACGACUUCGUCCAAGGAGGAGGGUUCUCCUUCUUCGAAGUCGGCGGACCUGCUGUGAGACCAUUCUGCUCCUCCAUCUCACUCCUCUUGUGCUAUUGCCAGUCUGCACGCCGCCGCCCGACCGGAUCCCUGUCCCGCCACGCAAACCUCGACGGUGCUCCAACGCGUCCCGUUCAGGGUUCAGUGCGCCUCUCCUCCCUUGUGCUCCGUCCGAAUCGACUGUUGAGACCAGCAAGGCUGUUUCCACUGCAUCUUCCAUCUCACGGAAGGAUCACACAUGAGCGCCAUUGGGCACACAAUGGCCUCCAUGCCCCACGGACCUGAUGGCACCAAGGGACGUGGCGGCAGUGGGGUAAGCGCGCCCAGGACUCGGAGCAACCAAGGAGGGGGACGUGGCGGUGGUAGGGAUGCUGGCAGUGGAGGCGAGAGCGGCGAUGGCAAGCACAACAGUGCCCAUGGAACUCCAAGAGGCCAGAAUAUCAAUCAUCUUCUCUCCUUUACCUUGCCUCCUCGAGCGCGCCCUCCGCCGCCACCAGUCGCGAGAAGAUCUCGUCGAGGCGGGUACUCUGCACCCUUCAACAAGGAACGCUACGUCAACGCGCAAUACCGCUUCCUGGUCAAGCCCACUGGCGAUUACACCGCCUUUUUCGCAGAUGCAGACAUCUACUUGAACUGGUCCGACAUCCUGACUGUCCUCAUACCAACCUCUUCCGCCUUGUCGAGCGCGUCAUUCGCAUCCUCGUCGAAUCCGAGCAAUCCGGCCAUCGACACGCACGAGGGCGGCGCCUGCCCCAUCUGCCUCAGCCCGCCCACUGCACCCCGCAUGACAAAAUGCGGCCAUGUCUUUUGCUUUCCUUGCAUCCUUCACUACCUCUCCAUCUCCGAUGUGCCCUCCGGAUCCACCACUCCGACUGCCUCUUACCACGGCCACUUUGUUCCUGGCGCAGCGGGACAUCGAGGCGGCAUGUCUUCUACACCGCCGUCGAGCCUCUCGGUCCCCAAUACGCCACCAAAGUGGAAGCGAUGCCCCGUCUGCUGGGACUCGGUGUACGCACACGAUCUCAAGGCGGUCCAGUGGUGGGAUGCGCGGUCCAUCGCUCAGGUGCAUGACACUCACGAGGAUCGCGAUACCCAAUCCGAGCGCCGCAGCUCCAACGAACAACAGAUGCUUUCGAUGCGUCUGAUCGAACGACCUCAUCUCACCACCCUGGCUCUUCCCCAAUCUUCAACUUGGCCGCUUCCCUCGUCUUCGUCUUCAUCUCUUGAUGUCAGUCACGUCCAGCCUAUCAUUGCUCAACACUCGGCUCCUUGGCACUUCCAGCCAGACGUCAUGGCUUUCUGCAAGUUCAUGCUGGCGACACCCGACCUUCUCUUUGAGAACUUGUCGCACAACCUCGACGAACUAGAGGCUGAGCGCUCUCUAUUGACGUCCUUUGGUGGAGGUGGAAGCUAUGACGAUGGAGCGGGCUUGCGCUUUGUUGAAGUGGCCGAGGCCAAGGUGCGAGAACAGAUGGGCAAGGUCGAGACGGAGCUCAACACACCAUCGGUGCGCAGCGCAGUUGGACUGGCCAAGAACGAUUUAAAGGAGCACGAAGAGGUUGAGCGAGGAAAGAGAGAACGGGAUAACGAAGCUCUCAGCCGGAGAGAGAGGAAGAGGAGAGAGAGGGAGAGGGAGAGGGAGAGGGAAAAGAUAGACCAAGAGAGGGCUGGAGAAGACGAGGGAGAAAAAGAUAGGGAUGGAGAAGUAAAUGUGGUUGGAGAAGGUGCAGAUGCAGGUGCAGCUGCGGACUACAUAGCCUUUAGGGCCGUGUCUCAAGGAGGUGCCAUGACACCAAGACCCAAGGCCGGCGGUGACACAAGUCCGAACAAAGAUCGAAACGAUGCGCAGCUUGACGAUGGCGUUCGUCGAGAGUCUAAAUCGUAUGGGAGAAAUCGGCGCAACGUCAAUCCACCGGCGCCCUCCAACUCGUCCUUUCUCUACUUUCAAGCUGCUUCGGGUCAGAACAUCUACCUGCACCCGCUCGACAUCAAGGUGCUUCUUUCGGUCUUUGGAUCCUACAGCGCUUUCCCAAGAAGUCUUCGGCUCAAGAUCCAAGGUGCCGACGAAGGGAGUAUGAACGACGAGCUCAAGAGGCGAUGCAAGUACCUCGGUCAUCUGCCAAAAGGUACUGACGUCGUCUUUGUCGAAGUUGAUUGGGAGUCGAUGACGAGUGUGGAGGGAGAGGAGGAGGCGCUGAUCAAGAAGGCGACAUUAAAGCCGUACGAGCAGGCGCUGAAGCAACGCAAGAACAAGCGAAGAGACCGAGAGAGGCGAGAGGACCGGGCAAAGAGUAGAGCAGAAGAGGCAGCUGGAGUUCCAGAUGCGGCAGCUGCGCGAAUGUCAAAAGGAGGAAUUCCGACAAGAGGAACAGCCACCAAUGGCACCGCCUCUCUCCAUGGUCUUCUGCAUCAUCAGCACCAUCAGGGAAGCCCAGACAUUCUUGGAAGCAGCCUCGGAAGCAGCACAGGUGGCAAUGGAGCGCAGAACAGCUUGUCGGGGCUGGACACGUCCUCGUCUACUUCUGAUUCGCCCUCGUUCAGAGAGGCGGCCCUGUUUGGAGCCGAAAGAGAGUUCCCAAUCCAUCCUGUUGGCGAAGAAGACUUUCCAGCAGUGCCUGGUGGCGCGACCCUCGAUGAUGAUCGAGGCGACCGCGAAAGCCAGCAACCCCGGCCUGCGCAGGCAGUUCCCUCGAGAAAGGUCAAGACGACUGUCUGGGGCACACCGGCGCCGUCUUCCUCGGGCUCCUUUGCCAACGUUUUGCAUUCCAGCUCACGUGUGGGGCAGGCACCGGAAGAGGAAGGACCAGACUGGGAUGCUUGGCUAGAGCUGGAAGAGGACUUUAUCGUGGGAGCUAGGAGCGGAGGCAACUCGGUAAAGGACAGCAGAGGGCUGAACCGACAGGUGAGAAAGGGCGCCGGCGGUGGGCCGCAGGGAGUCAAGGCCAACACGGGGGUAGGCUCGAGCGGCGGUGUUGUGUCGAUAGAGGCAAGGGACGGGCCGGCUCUUGGCUUUGGGGAAGAAGACAAGAAGCCUCAUACACCGCCGCAGGAGCCGGGACCUGGCGCAGGAGCAGGCGCAGGAGCAGGAGCGGGCAAGAAGCAAGCAAAGAAGAAGAAGCUGGUCUUGACCUCUGGAGGAGGUGGUCGAGGGGCACGGUAGGAGGAGGGCGGUUUGGAAAGUAUUUCAUCAUCACUAUCGACAGCAGUAAACAGCAUCAUUCAUGGUACUUUUAGAAUCAAAUACAUGUUGAAGACGUAUGGACUCACGAAUUGGUUCCAGUGCGAUCAUAUCCCCUCGCUAGCUUGAUCACACACAAAAGAAA